AUGGAUAUAACCUUCUACACUUUUUACAGAAAGUACACAAAUCACAGUCACUUACACGUAUUAAUUUUAGAUACGACUUUAAAGAAACCAAUGAUGAUACAGUUUACCAAAUCUUUGGUUGUUUUAACUGUAAUUAUAGUUUGUGUAUCAGCUUGGAGUGGCAAUGUGUGUUCACGGUUAAAAUGUAUUUCCAAGUGGAAAAAGAUUUGUUCUUAUAGGUCAUGGUUGGGAUGCUGUGCCUAUAGAUAUACAUGGGUAACUCAGUACACAAGGGAGAGAUUUUGUUGUAAAGGUUGGACAGAUAGGAAUAGAAAUCAAAACUGUAACAUUCCUAAAUGUAGACCAAGAUGCAAGAACGGUGGCACGUGCACUGCUCCCAAUCAAUGUCAAUGUAAACCAGGAUAUAAAGGGCCAACUUGCACUGGUGUGACAUGUUCACAUCUAAAGCCUUGUUAUCCUGGAAUGUGUACUGGUAGAGAUCAAUGUCAAUGUGAUUCAGGAUUUACUGGAAACACGUGUCUUGUUCGUCGAAAUUUUCCAGAACAAAGAACACAGAUCUGGCUAUUCCGAUCUACACUCAAGAGCGUCCAGAGAACGACUAUGAUGAUGAACUAUGAAUUUGUUCUGGAAUCGUCUAACCCAAAUGAAGGUGCAGACGAAUCCAUUUGGUCCAAUCAUUUAGAUUUGAAUUAUUUUAUUGUCGAAAGCUUGGGACAAUUUGAGCCGAACAUAGAUUCACAAAGACCGAGUUACGUCCGAAGUGCAGAUUUUGGCGUCGUAGAAUCGACUCUUACUUUGACCCAUACCAAAAUACCACGUCCAGGAGAAACAGUGAAACCUGAUGUUAAAACCUAUCCGUGUAGCUCCAGAACAAAUGACAAUAUUCCUGGAAUUUGGAACUGUACAGUCAUGGAAAAAAAUUUCAAAAUGAAAAUAGAAUCUGGGGAUGAGUUGAGGAUGACAAUGCUAUUUAAGAGCGGAGGAACACGGGAACUGGUAAUUUUAGGUGGAAAUAAGUUUUAUAGAUCCGAGACGUUUAAUAAUUUGACAAGCUCCAAAAGCAUUGUUUUUAAAUUUGAUAAAGAUGCACCAACGCAUUGUCAAUCUGAUGGUAGUUGUAAUGAUAAUGAUGCUCCUUUAGAGGUCAAUGAUUUAACAAAGACAGGAGCAGAAAUUAGAUGGGGUGGUUGGAGAGACGAACAAUUGUCAGGAAUGUUCAGAUACGCUGUUGAGAUAUUCAAAUUAGAAGUGGUAGACUCAGAAGGAAGAUUGGGAGAAAAGAAGCCUCUAAAUCCGUUACAAAUCAGUGAAUACAUGCACGCUAAUUUUAGUUCAGUCCUACCCAUACGUUACACACCAUCUGAACCGGGCAUGUACUCUGUUAUCCUUGAGGCAUCUGACAGAGCUAACAACUCUCGCUGGGCACGACGUCUGUUCCUCUAUGAUGAUCGGUCCGAAAUAGAAUUGAAGUCUAAUAUUACAGUUCCUUUCGCAGUACAACCUGAUUCCAACUCAGUGUGGCUCAGCACACUCGAUUCUGAUCUUGAAAUAGUUUGGUCAGGACAUUUCGUAAAUCCCUUGCACGUGGAGAACAACUUGUUGAACGAGGUUAAAGACUACCCAAACCAGUUUUCAGAUAUAGACCCGAAAAUGGGAGAUUUUAAAAUCAAGCGCGUAACAUUUGAUGCAGAUUCUGGAACACGGAGUAAAUCCGCUGUUCGGAAUAUUGGCGGAAUCGUGAAUUUUGAUUUCGUUUUGGAAACUGACGACAUCACUAUUAGAAAGUCAUUUUUACAGGAAAAACACACAAUAAGAAAUAGCGAACUUCCUGAUAGAAGCGAUGGUAGUAGUUUCAAACUAUUUAUAACAGCCAAAGAUAUCCUCAGCAAUUCAAAGACUGAUAACAAAACCAUCCGAUUCGACUCCUCACCACCGGUAAUGUCCGACUUAAUUUGGGAAGACAAUCUGCCUGUUCCAACUGUUCCGAUUAGAAGACCGAAGCGACAGACUGGCGAUAGUUUUGCAUCAAGAAUACUUGUAGAAGCAUCCGACAAAAACAGCGGAAUUCAUGAAAUAAGGUGGCAUAUUUCGAGACGAAACACGUCUGUUGCUAUCUGGGAAGAUGUUAGGAAUGGCAGUGUUGCAGGCAUCAGACUUCAGUCAUGUGAACAGAAGACAUCUUGUUACUGUAUAAGUGGGGUUGGUUGUUUUGAUACUGAACAUGUGGUGAAUCUGAACAUGUGUUGGUUUUCCGUGGCCAGAGCUCAUAUUAACACGGCUUCCGCGAAGGUUACUAUAGAUGCCGUCAAUCCUGCUGGACUUUCCACUUCAAAGGACAUACAGGUUAUGAAGUUAGAAUCUUUGCUUAAAAAAAGUUAUUUUGCCCCUGUAGAUAACAUAGCAGUACAGAACGUGGGAUCCAACUUUGUUACCAUUGAAUGGAAUUCUACAAAGAGCUGUCUCCCUGUGUCAGAAUUCUGGCUACUCAGAUCAGAUCGAAGAGAAAAAGAGAAAGUUCAUCGUCUACGUCAUGAUUAUGAAAUUGCACCAUUGGAUCCUGAUUCGAAUUAUACUAUUCAGUUUAUAAGCGGUUAUGAUGGAGAAAUGAGCGAUCCCGUUUACAUCACAUUCCGUACAGGACAUGCCCCGUCUGUACUAUCUAGUGGGGGUGCAGAAGGAUUAAGCGCGGGAUUGAUUGCGUUGAUCCUGCUUGUCUUGGCGGUGGUUGGUGCACUCUAUAUGAAAGGUUUUAUUGGUAACAGAAGAAACAACAAGAAGAGGCUACACGAAUAUGAGUCUCCGAAACGGACUCGUUUUGAUGGUAACGAAGAUAUCUAUGUUUAUGGUUUUGCCGGAGGUAAUCUCAAUCUGCCCACUGGUCACGUAAUCGGCGGAUCUAACCUGAUUCUUCAAGAAUUAAUUGAACAGGGAAAAUUCGCCAAAAUUUAUAAAGCAACUGUGUUAGGAAAUGAUGGAGAUAAAAGCGAGGUGGCUGCUAAAAUGUUAUUGGAUAACUUUUCUGAUGACGAAAGACAUUUGAUGGGUGGUAAGAUAACCUUUAUGAGUGAUGUCAUCACGGGUCAUGAUAAUGUUCUGAAGUUUAUAGGUGCUGUUACAGACAAUAAAAUUUGGGGACCUACUAUGGUAAUAGAAUACUGUGAAAAUGGAACACUGAUAUCCUGGCUGCAUAAAAACAAAAACAACGUUAAUGACGAUGUCAUAGAACGCCUUUAUCAAAUCAGCUUUGGUGUUGUCAAAGGAAUGACAUACCUGGCUUCUUUGAAUGUGGUCCACAGACGUCUUGCAGCCCGAAAUAUUCUACUGACUUUUAUUCUGGAGCCAAAAAUCACAGGAUUUGGCCCAUCAGUCAUUGAUAGUGAAAAUGGGGAAAAGGAGAGAGUAGCUAUCAGAUGGGCCUCUCCAGAAUGUUUUUCUAACACCAAAAAUGCCACAGAGAAGAGUGAUGUCUGGUCAUUUGGUAUUGUUCUGUAUGAAAUAUUUAGUUUAGGAGACAAACCGUAUCCUACCUUAACUAACAAUGAAGUCAUCCCUAAAGUACGCAGUGGUUUUCAGAUGAAUCGCCCCGAAUUUUCAGACCAAUUUAACUAUGAUCUGAUGUUGAAGUGCUGGCAGUUGGAUCAGAUACAGCGACUAUCAUUUGAACAACUGCGAGAUCAGUACCAUGUGUUUAUGAACGGAGAAGAGCAAACUGAGGGUUAUUCCAACUAUAAAUAUUAACUCAGAUAGUAUUAAACCGUUAAAUUCGGUGUAUGUUACAUACCAGCACAGUUUUAUUACAACACCCCCAGAGUAUCAUUGAGAUAUUAUCCGUCUCACCAUUUGCUGUACCAGUUGAUAGAGCUCAUUUCCAGUUCUUGUCAGAUAUAAAACUUUGUAAUGAUUGAUUUACCUUGGUAAAUAUUAUUUCAUCUCAAUGAAAAUUUCUAUAUAUUUAUAUUUUAUUAUUAUAUUAUAUUAUAAUUUUAUAACAAAGUUAAAAUUUGAAAAACAUAAGAUAUCCUUCUUUUGAGAAUAUUUUUUCAAUUUCCUGCGCUUAUUUUUUACAGUAGAGAACUUAAUUUGUUUUGUUAUUUUGAUUGUAAAUAAAUACAAUUUCAUGUGUAAUUACAUCUUAAAGCGACAUUCAGAUUUUUUGGAAAUAAAUUUUUAUUAACUAAAACGUCAUAAAUUAUACCUGAAAAUAUUUCUAAAGUAGGCCUAUGCUAUUUAUAUCUUUGUAUCUAAUUGAUCUGAAAACUGAAUUUGUUUUAAAAGGGUUGAUUAAAACUGAGAGUACUAAUUUUUAAUUAAGCAGUUUGACCUAGUUUGGUAUUUAGCUUUAUAAUGGCUCUUUAUCAAUAGUUGAAAUCUUUAGAAAACGUAGGAGACAUUUUUCUUUUCAAUCAGGCGUUUAUUUUACUCAAAUCCGUUUUCUAACAGCUUCUAGAAAGAAUAACAAAUUAUUUGUAUAUAUAUCUACAUUACUUAAUUUAUAGUACUUCCGGUUUGUUCUAUUUGAAAUAAAAUGAUACGUUAUAUUUUGUUUAAUUAUGGAUUUAUAAAACAUUGUGUAGAU